CACUCUUUCAGUUCUCCAGUCCGGUCACUCCAUUCACUUCUAAUCCUCUAUUGAACCAUAAUCAGUCGCUAGCGACCUUUCACGAAAUCUUCAAAACGAUCACAUAAUCGCUUCAUAUCGAAUCCAUCGCUAGUCGACAACCCUAAUCCCAACAACACCAUCAAGAUGCUUCCUCAACAAGUCCUCCUCGCUGUUCUUGCAGCCGUCUCCGUCUCUGCCGUUCCCCUCAACAUCAACCUUGGCGCCUACUCCCCUGCCCUGGUAGUGGGUGAUGGAGAGAUCUCUCUAGGAUCAAAGGAAUCAGCCUCGGAGCUGAUGGCAACGCUCGCCUCAGGAGCAGCUACUAAGGGCGGCGAGGGCCAGCAACAAGCUGCCAAACGAUCAAUGAACCUCCGCCGCGCAGUCGACCAGCUCCUUGGAAAGCGCGAACCCACACCCGCCGAGGGUCAGCUGGCGGCUGUCGAGGACGCCAUGCAGUGGAUCAAGCGUGACCUCCAGGGCUUCAACGCAGCUCUCGGCUACGCUAAGGAGGCUAUGAAGAACUCGCCCAAGAUCGAGAUGGGCUCAGAGGGUGCUGGUGUUGGUCUCGUUGUCAGCCCCGGUGUCAACGUUCCCCAGAACUCCGCCGCCAACGGUGCAGCUGCAGGUGGUGAGAAGAAGGCAAAGCGCGAUGAAGUCGAAGUUGCAGAUGAGGAGGGCGAUGUGCCAAAGAUGACACUCGUUGCCAUCACUGAAGUUUGAACGAUACCCUAAAAGAGAUGGAACGAUUUCUCGUCAACAGCAUAUUUUCUUUUCCUUUGUCUUUAGUGCGAUCUUCAGCGAUUUUGGGACUCGGAGUUUUCAGGAAACAGAGCUAGGCCUUGCAGCUUGCAGAACGGUAGAUAUUCAAUAACAGUCUAUGCGAUCAA